AUGACAGAAACUAAAAGUAGUAAUGGAACGCCUACCGUGACAUACGGUGUUUUUGCCCAAAUGCUGUAUCAUAUCCUGGCUUUCAUGGAAGGGUAUGAUUUGCAAGUUAUAUCUGUAUGUCUGAGGGCCUUUGAGAUGUCAUUGAAAUUGUCCCCUUCUUCUUUGUCAACAAUGGUUACGAUGGAAACGAUGACACUACUGGGUGGAGCCGUUUUUUGGGGUUUUUUGGCAGACAAAUGUCAGAACCAAUACGUACUUGCUGCGGGGGCAUUACUAACAGGUGUAACCAACAUACUUUUGGGCAUAGCGUCUCACUUCAAAGUGAUUCUCGUACUGCGAUUCUUUCACGGGUUUGGUUUAGCAUGUGGAAGCCCCGUCCAGCAAAAAAUAAUAUCUACGUCCGUCUGUAAGGACAACCAUUCCGCAAAAUUCGGUAUAAUAAAUGCAAUGAUGUGUUUGGGGCGUUUGUUGAGCGCCGUUCUAACAACAUUUUCAGCUGGGCAAUUAUUGAUUGGUUACCAUGGUUGGAGGACGUGUUACGUUGUAUUCGGGUAUAUAUGGGUUCUUAUGGGCGUUGCAGUUUUGUUCGGCAUGGUUGCGGGAAAUAACGGUGGUGGCAACGGUAGUACAAGCACCAAUGGAAGUGCUAACCAGUGUCUGUGGGAAGCACUCAAAAAGCCAACCACCAUCGUUUUGAUAUUUCUCGUAUUUAUCUCGGAUGCUCCAUUUUCUGCAUUCACGUAUAUGAUUAUGUAUCUUCAAUAUCUUGGAGUAUCAGAUUUGAUGGCCGGUGUUGCCGUUGCAAUGACUCUCGUAGGAGGAGCGGUUGGUAGUGCAGCUGGUGGUAAAUUGAUCUCACUUGUUUCAGCACAUAAUCAUGGUCUGUUGGGAUCGGGUAUUGUUUGCGUUAUUAUAAGGCUCAUCGCGUGUCUUUGUUUCUUCUUAGGGUCGCAACCCCGAGGUUUUUUGCGUUGGCAACACUACUUGGAAUUGGCCGUAAUGGGUGCUUCUUUGGUGACCAUAGGUAGUGUAGAUCGAACUAUUAUGACUAAUACGGUGGAGGACGAAAUUCAGGCACUUGCUUGGGCCACAACUCGUUGUAUCGCCGGUGUUUCAAGCAGCUUGUUUUUCUACCCGUUAGCUGGUUAUCUGUCUGAAAAAAUAUUCGGUUAUACCACAUCUACUCAGUCCUUUGCUGAAAUGAGCGACGUUGUAAAGAACACAAAUGCAGAAGCAUUGCGUAAAACAAUGAUGUAUAUCAUGGUCGUUGGCACUAUAGUCAACGCAAUCUUAUACGGUUUAUGCAUGAUCACUUAUGAAAACAAUAAGAAUGGUGGUGCUGCUGGUGGUAGCAGUAGCAGUAGCAGUAGCUGUAGCAAGUAG